AAAUAGUAGUUAUUACUAAAUAUAAUAAUAUGUUAAAUUAGCUGAUAAUUAUGGACGCUGAAAAUGAUAAUAAUUCAAGUAUGAACAAUAAAAGUAGAAUGAAUUACUCAACUUUGAGCUUGAUUAGUGUAUUGUCAUCGUCUGCUCCUCCACUUUCAAACAAAAGUUCAAGUUUUGAUAUAAAAGAUAUUACAUUUUGCUUAACAAGCAAGUUAGAUAUGAAUAACAAAGAACUAAUGUCAGCUAUUCAGCAUUUUAGUCCCGAGUACACUGUAGCUGAUUCAAAAGAAUCUUUGAUCAAUCUUUCAGAAGAUAAACAAAAGUAUUUUUUUAUUUGUGCUUCUUUUUCGGGUGAUGAAUUCAAAUACCUUAGAAAACAAAUGUGUCGUAUUUGCGGACCACCAUUUCUUAUUUAUCUAUACAAUAAAAAAAGAUCCAUACCAAAUACAACAAGACCACUUUUUAAUGGCUCUAUGUUUGGUGUGGCUGUUUGUUUUACUGGAUUUGCUGUAAAGCGGGAAUCAGUGAGUCAUCUUGCAGAUCUUGUUCAUUACAUGGGUGGAAGUGUUCGCAGAGAUUUUAGCGGAAAAGUUACUCAUGUUAUUGCAAACUUAGCUCAGGGUCAAAAAUACAAGGCCGCUGUUAAUUUGGGAAGAAGUAUCAUGACUGAAGAUUGGAUUUUAAGUUCAUGGGAAAAUAGAAAUGAUGUAUCAUUCAAAGCCACAGAAGAAAGUUUUAUAAAAAAAUAUCUAAUGAAGCCAUUCCAUGGUUUAACCUUAAGUUUUUAUGGUUUCACUGAAGAGGAAACUAAACACAUGCAUGAAAUCACUACAAGUAAUGGUGGUACAUACCUGUCACUAUUAAAAGAAGAAUCAUGUACACAUUUAGUUGUUGAUGAGAUGUUUCCACACCAGUUACCUCUUGAAGAAUUUAAGCCAUUGCAUGUUGUAAAGCAAGAGUGGUUUUGGGCAAGUAUUCAAUUGGAUGCAUGUGCUGAAGAAUCCAUGUAUCACAUUGUGACGGAAGAAGGAACUCCUCUAGGUACAAGUCAAAGAUUUAAAAAAAGAAAAUAUUUAAAUGCAUCAGACAUCAGUGAUUUAUUGUCACCUAAUUCUCCAUAUGGUGCUAAUAAAAGACGCAGUAAAGAUGGUAGACUAUCUUCAAUGUCCUCAAUAACUUUUGAAUCAUCUCUAAGUUCACCUUUUUACCGAUCUCAGAUUGAUUCUCCUGAAAUAAAGACUUUAGACAAAACAAGCCAGCCAACAUCAGCACGUUAUCAAAGGUGUGUGGAACUUCAACAGACAGAAAAAAAUUAUGUCUAUGUUUUAAAGACAAUUGUUGAGAUAUUUAAAAAGCCAUUAGAAGAUUCAGCAAAUCAAAGAGGAGGUUCAUUGCUUGCUCCAGAAGAAAUCAAAACAAUAUUUGGGUCUAUUCCUGAACUCUUAGAAACUCAUGAGAGAUUAUUGCAUGCAAUUGAUAAGCUUAUUGAAAAUUGGGAUGAGGAAGUUUUGAUAGGAAAAGCUAUUAAUGAUAAUGUAGAAAAUAUGAUUAAAGUAUAUCCAGUUUUUGUCAACUACUUCGAAAUAAUAAAAGAGACCAUUAUAAAAUGUGACAAGGAAAAGCCACGUUUCCACGCUUUUCUAAAGAUAUGUUUAACAAAACCUGAUUGUAGUCGUCAAAGUUUAACUGAACUACUUAUACGUCCUGUACAGAGAAUACCAUCAAUGAGUUUACUAAUUAAUGACAUUUUAAAAAAGACACCAGAAUCUAAUCCAGAUUAUAAGCAUUUAAAGGAUGCAGUUGAAUCAAUUAAAAAUGUUUUGACACAUAUUAAUGAAGAUAAAAGAAAAACAGAGCACCAAGUUGAGAUGUUUGAAAUAAUGAGAGAAGUUGAUAAUUGUCCACCAUAUAUACUCUCUUCAAGUCGUUUUUUGAUACAAAAAGUGGAUGUAAUGGAAGUUGGAGAGGGUUUUGUUCUAAAACCUGAUCAAAUGAUGAUGUAUUUGUUCAACGACUGUAUUGAACUUGCUCGUAAAAGGAAUCGUGUUAUAAACUCAACAACUACCUAUAAAAGUCCUGCUUUAAACAAUUUACAAAAAGGAAUUCAUAAAUUGUAUAAACAUGUGGAGUUCAUUCAUUUAUUAUCAUUAAGAUCUGUGGUGGACAUUAAAGACAGCAAUGAACAUCAAGAUUUAUUUGGACUAGUAUAUCAUUUAAACUUGGAAAAUAAAGAUCAUUUAUCAAUAUUUAAACUAUGCAGCUCAGUGAGUAAAAAUGGAAUAUUAGAAAAAGUUAUGAAGUGUAUCAGUCAAACUCAAAGUUCUACUGAAAUGGAAAACCUAAUGAUAUCUGUGGAUGGUUCAGAACUGACUUCUGAAAAGUAUGAUAUGAGUGACAUCAAGAAUAAAAGUUAUCUUCAUAAAGUAUUAAAGAAAGCUAAAGGUGGUUUGAGUAAAAAGGUUGGUCGAGCAUUUUCUUUAAACAAAACUCCUAAACAAACAAGUUUAAAAACAAAUGCAGAUGUAAAAAGAGCUUUAAGUGUUACUCCAAUGAGCGAUUCUUUUAGAAACUUAGCACCAGUUAGUCCGUCACCCAGCGAGUAUACUGUCACAGAGUUUUCUGUUUGUGAAGAUGAGUAAUCGCUUUUUUAUAUAUUUGGUAUGUUCAAUUAUUACAGAUUAAAGGUACUCUUGAAUUAAGAAUCAAAAGAACUAAAAAUAAGUGCAGAACAGAAACUAAGUGCAGAACAGAAACUACAGGAUAGAAUACAUUUUAUGGAUUUUUGCUGAUAAAAACUUUUUUUCUAUUCUUAUUUUGUUUUAAAAUAUUAUGAUUAACUAUAUAAACUUAAAAAACCUUUAUUUAUUUAAAAAUUUGUUUUAUUUUAUGUAAAUUUGUGUGAAUAGUAAUG